UGAGCUCAACUCUCGAAGCAUGGAGUUCACCAGGGAGGUCGUUGUUCCCGCGGCUCCGAGAUCCUUGGACGGGUACUGUCAUUCCUGCUUGAUAACUUCCGCCGGCCGGCGGCUGGAGCGGCUGCUGGGCAACAUCGGCAGCCUGGUCGAAGAGGCCGAGGGCCGCCACAUCACCAACCACCACCUCCUCGCGCACCUCAAGGCGCUCGCGUCGGGCAUGUACCGCGGCCGCUUCGCUCUCGAGGUCACGGACCUCGACGACGCCAGUAACGCCGUCGGACACGAUGGCGGCGGCGGCGGCGGUGACGCUGCUGUUGCUGUCACAGUAGUGGGCCAGCGAUCUUUGGCGCUGCGCUCGUCGUUCAACAGCGCGAAGCGAUACCGCGCCACGAGCUUGAUCUUGGGCGGCGGCGGCGACGACGGGAUGGAGAGGCUGGCCGCCGCCGUCGAUGAGCUGGAGAGCCUGACGCGCGAGUACACGAGGGGCCAGGGCGGCCGCCCGGACCAGACCAUGUGGGAGAGCGACGGGCCGGAGUACCUCGCCGGCGUGCGCCGCAUCCUCGGCGAGCCGCGAUUCUCGGCGGGGCGGUCCCUGCUCGUGUUCGAGGAAGUCUGGCCCGUCGACGAGUCGUCCUGGAGCGCGCUAGCGUCGUCCCCGAGCGCGCUCGCCGACGGGAGCAAGCUCCUCUUCACGUGCCGCGACGCCGACCUCGCCCGGCUCGGCACGGUGGAGCCAGUGGUGCUCCACCGCCUGCAGCAGGAGGAGUUCUGGUACUACUUCAAGGCGUUCGCGUUCGGCGGCGCCGACCCGCGGGAUUACCCUCGGAUCGCGGGGGUCGGGCGGGAGAUCUCCGAGCACCUGGAGCGCAUGUUCCUCGACGCCAGGGUGCUCGGCACGCUGCUCGGGGCCAACUUCGACGGCAGGUUCUGGCGCAGGGUGCUCUCCGCCAUUGUCAGGUGCAGGCGCCGGCCGUUCCACGUCGGCGUGCUGCUCGAGCUCCUGCCCGUGCGCGGCCGGCUGCAAUCGGACGGAUACUGCCGGAGCCCGCCCAAGUUCACCGUGCAGGACGUGUUCAGCGCCGGAGCUGCUGAUCAUGGUGGUGAUCUGGAGGACGGCUUCAUCACCAUCCAUCUUUGCAGGGAGACGCUAUACAUGGAUCACUGGUACAGCAUCACCUUCAACAGGGCCGUCUCCGAGAAUGCGAGGCCCUGGUGCCAAACAAAAAAUUAGGACCUAUCUUAAAAAAAAUCACUAUAAAUUGCACAAUUUUGAUACAAAGAUACGUUCGUAAUAGGUACUAAUGUU